AGAAAUUGGUGGUUUUAAAGAAGAGAAGAAAUGAACGUGUUGGAUGUUGUGUCAAGUGUUAAGGUGGCUGAUGCAGAUCAGCUUUGUUCAUUUAACUUGAGCAAAUCAGUUUCGUACCUGUUUACGUUGGAAGUGGCUGUUAGCUAAGCAGCGCUCUAGUGGCGAAAUUGGGAACUAGAGUUAGAAACAAACCGAACAGUCGAUGUAUUUGGUGGUGGCUAUUCGUACAUACAGACAUGCAGCAGCUGUUAGUGAGUAAAGAAGUUGUCCUCCCUGAGGAGCAGGAACAGAAUCUGAGUCUGGACCAAAAGGCCUCUCACCACCCAAACAUUAAAGAGGAACAGGAAGAACUCUGGGGUGAAGAUGAAGAAAAACCACAGUCAUUCCAACUUCAAAGCCAACGAGAUGAGAGCACAGAGGUGGAGCUUCUUGCCAGCAGCUCGACUAAAGAUGCAACAGUGAAGACAGAAGCUGAUGGAGACUGUGGAGGAUCACAACCAGUCAGUAACUCAGAUCCAUGCAGUCAUUUAAAAUCCGAAACUGAUGAUACACAGCAGUUGUUGGCAAGUAAAGAAGAAAUUCUCCCUGAACAGCAGGAGUGGAAUCUGAGUGUUGACCAGGAGGACAAUAAAGAACAAGAAAGGCUCUGGAUACAUCAGGAGGGACAGUGUCUUCAUCAGCAGGAGGAGGCUGAUACCACUCAGUUCAGUUUCACUGCUGUUCCUGUGAAGACUGAAAAUGAUGAUGAGAAGCCACAGUCAUCACAGGUUCAUCAAAGCCAAAGUGAUGAGAGCAAAGAGGCUGAGUCUCUGGCCAGCAACUCAACAGUACACAGAAAACUAACUGCACAAGCAGAUGGAGAGGACUACAGAAGACCACAACCAGCGAGCAGCUCGGGUCUGUAUAGUAAUUUAAAACAAGAUAUUAAUGGUAGAAAUAAUUGCUCUGAAUGUGAACAAGCAUGUGGUCACAUGAAUGAUUCAAAGCAGUGUGAACGUGAAAAACCAUUUAGCUGCCCUCAUAGCGGCAAAGGGUGGAGACAAAAGGGCACGCUGAAGGAAGCCAUGAGAAUUCAUACCGAGGAGAAGCUAUUUAGAUGUUCUGAGUGUGGUAAAAGAUUUAGACUAAAGUGCUAUAUGAGCGCACACAUGAGAAUUCAUACAGGAGAUAAACCAUUUGGCUGUUCUGAAUGUGGGAAGAGAUUUAGACAAAAGUGCAAUCUGAACACACACAUGAAAAUUCAUAUACUAAAUAAACCACUUGCCUGUUUUGAGUGUGGUAAAAGAUUUCGACAAAAGUGCACUCUGAACACACACAUGAAAAUUCAUACAGGAGAAAAACCAUUUAAUUGUCCUCAUUGUGGUAAAAGAUUUAGAGAGAAGGGCGACCUAAACAAACACAUAAAAAUUCAUACAGGAGCGAAACCAUUUAGUUGUUCUGAGUGUGGUAAAGGUUUUAGAGAACGGGGCAAUCUGAACAAACACAUGAAAAUUCACACAGGAGAAAAACCAUUUGGCUGUUCUCAGUGUGGUAAAAAAUACAGACAGAAGUGUCAUUUGAACACACACAUGGAAAUUCAUAUAAUAAAUAAACCAUUUGGCUGUUCUUAUUGUGGUAAAAGGUUUAGCGAAAAGUGCCAUUUGAUCUCACACAUAAGAAUUCAUACAGGAGAAAAACCAUUUGCCUGUUCUGAUUGUAGUAAAACGUUUAGAGAAAAGGGUAAUCUGAACAAGCACAUGCGAAUUCAUACAGGAGAGAAAACAUUUGGUUGUUCUGAGUGUGGGAAAACAUUUAGACAAAAGUGUAGUUUGGUCUCACACAUGAGAAUCCAUACAGGCGAGAACCCAUUUCACUGUUCUGAAUGUGGUAAAAGAUUUAGACAAAAGUGCAACCUUGAUAAACAUACGGGAAUUCACACAGGAGAGAAGGCAUUUGGUUGUUCUGAGUGUGGAAAAAGAUUUAGAGAAAAGUGCAAUCUACAGAAACACCUGAGAAUUCAUUCAGGGGAGAAACCAUUUUGUUGUCCUGAGUGUCCUAAAAGAUUUACACAAAAGUGGAAUCUGAACGUGCACAUGAAAAAUCACACAGGAGAGAAACAAUUUAGAUGUUCUGAGUGUGGUAAAGCAUUUGGAGUAAAGGGCAAUCUGAUAAAACACAUGUUUAUUCAUACAGGAGAGAAAACAUUUGGUUGUUCUGUGUGUAGUAAAAGAUUUAGACAAAAAUGCCAUCUGGACACACAUGUGAAAAUUCAUACAGGAGAGAAACUAUUUUGCUGUUCUGAGUGUGGCAAAAGAUUUAGAGAAAGUGGCACUCUGAACAAACACUUUAGAAUUCAUACAGGUGAAAAACCAUUUAGCUGUUCUGAGUGUGGAGAAAAAUUUAGUCAUAAAAGCAGUCUUAAUACACACAUUAGAAUUCAUACAGGAGAGAAACCAUUUGACUGUUCUGAGUGUGGCAAAAGAUUUGGACAUAAUAGCACUCUGAAAAAGCACAUUAGAAUUCAUACAGGAGAGAAACCAUUUGACUGUUCUGAGUGUGGCAAAAGCUUUAGACAUAAAAGCAGUCUGAACAAACACCUUAAAAUUCACACAAGAGAUCUGUAAAUAUCUACAUUGGAA